UCCAGGAUGACGUCACGAUGAAAGAGCCCUCUUGGAGCUCGUAGCUCAGCUCAGCUAACCUCACACUAACUUCCUCGUUUGCUGGUUCGGCUUGUCCAUUGAGGUGAGCUCUGGCCGUCGUAUCUGAGCCUUCCCAAAUUAAGUCGUCUGGCAUGGCGUCUGCUGAAGAAGGAGGAUGUGGGAAACUCCUCACGGGACAACCAGAAGCACAAGCAGAAUCAGAUGUGACUAGGCUGGACUCUGAAGGGCUGGAAGUCUGCAAGUUUUUUCUGUGGGGCCGGUGUCGUUUCGGGGAGAGGUGUCGACUGUCCCACAGUGCGUCUGUAUUAGCUGGCUGCAAACUUCUACAAGCGGAAGAGGGAGGCAGCAAAAACGGCAAGUCCAGAAGAAGCUCCGGCAGAGGUGAUAAAGGCAAAAACGGAGAGUCGGAGAAGAAGCCCCGCAUGCGCACAGCUGAUGAUGUCAUCUCCCGGAUCCUGUGGGACUCGUCUGUGGACCCGGCGGACUUUGUGGUCGGCCACCUGGACCGAUUUCAGGGGGUUCUGGAGCGCCCCUUCUCCGAUUUCUCCUGGGACACUCAGGUUUGUGACUGUGAUUAUUCGGACGAACUGGCCAUUCCUCAACACAGGAUCCAGUAUUUCAGCUAUAAAGGGCAGCGCAUGUGGGACAAAGACAGCCGCACUGACCGGGUGUUUGGAUCCACAGGACAGACAGUGCUGCCCCCUUUUGAGCAGGAGGAUGAAGGUCAAGAGCACGGCGCUCAGGAUACACCCCAAGAAGGAGAUGAAUCCCAAACCGAGAAGAAGGAGCGCAUCUCGGAUCGCCGUGAUCCUGAAGACGCAGCAGACUGUGGCGCGAAUGGCCCGAAGGAUGAAGGCUUCGGAGAUGCCAGGCUGGCCCGAGAAGCCAAGGCACUAUCAGUCUCUCCAAGAGUUGAACAGAUUGCACCGGAGGAGGAAUGGAAAGACUGGGGGGAGGAGGAGGAGGAGGAAGAGGAGAAGGAAACCCAGCCCAUCCCUCAGGAACCACAGCCUGGCAGACCAUCUCGCAAGCCCACGCAUUUCAUUUGCUUCCGCGUGGACUCCCCAGCAGCUCUCAUGGCCUUCCAGCGCGUCCAGAGGAAGAUCCUGACCCACCUGCCCCAGUCGGAGGAAUUCUGGGUCAAGCCGGCCACCCUGCACAUCACUCUCUCUCUCCUGGUUCUCCCGGGCCCAGCCGAAGUUCAGGCCGCAGCCAAGAUCCUCCAAUCCAUCGUGAGCGACUUCUACAAACCACCCAUCUCUGUUUUCUUCCCACUCAAACUCAAGCAUUUCAACGGGAAGGUUCUUUUCCUUCCACCACGGCCCGUCCAGGACGUCCAAAGCAUCAACACCCCGCUCCAGGAGGCCUUCAGGGAGAAAGGCUGGCUCCACCGCCACUCUAAAUGCCCCAUCUACCACCUCACGCUGGCCAAAGUAGAGGGCGAGGAGACCAAGAAGAUGUUUGAAGAUGUGGGGGCCAUCAAACUGGCUAAAGACAUCAACUUCGGAAAGCUGGAAGUGGACAAGUUGUACCUUUGCGUCAACGGCAUGCCAAAAACAAACAGCGGCUUUUAUCAGGUCGUUUGUGCUGUAAAGUUCCCUACUGUGUAAUUCGGUGGUGAUGGUGGUCAGAGGUACGGUCUGUAUGAUGCACAACCUCAGGGCUUCACCUGGAGGGGAGGUGACAAGGGGAUGGUCUACAACAUCCUCUACGCCAAACUGCCACCCCACCUUCUAUCCCAUUUGAGCUAAUGUCAAUAUAUCGUCUGACGUGCCUACUGGAGGUACAGUAAUCCACCUAUACAGUCAUGUGCAAACGUUUUAGUAUCGCUGGUCAAAAUACAUGAAUCUUAACUUAUAAUCAAUUUUUAAUAAAAAAAAGUUUCUGUUUUUAGUUCAACGUACUGAGGAGGAGAGAAAAGGCCCACUCCCAUUUCCUCUUUUUACCCCUACCCCUCGUUUUCGACUGUUGCCCCUCUGAGCUGAGCUGCAGGGCAGUGGUUGAGAUCUUCCCUCUGAAAUGAGACCCUCUAAUAAAAGAGCAUCACUUCAUUAACAGCUACUAGCGCCGCUCUGUAGGCGACCCUGCCCGUCUGCAGGGACAGCAGAG